AUGGGUUUACCUUUCGAUCAAGUGGAAGAACUGCGUCUCUACCAGCAAACUCUCCUCCAGGAUGGACUCAAGGACAUGUUGGACCACAAUAAGUUUCUGGACUGUGUCUUAAAAGUCAAGGGGAAGGAGUUUCCCUGCCAUCGGCUGGUGCUGGCAGCUUGCAGCCCAUAUUUCCGGGCAAUGUUCCUCUCAGACAUGGAAGAGAGCAAGAAGAAGGAGGUCAGCUUGGAAGAUGUUGAUCCAGAUGUCAUGGGCAAGAUCCUCCAUUAUAUCUACACCUCUGAGCUGGAGAUCACAGAGCAGAAUGUGCAGGACAUCUUCUCCGUGGCCAACAUGUUCCAGAUCCCCUCCAUCUUCACCGUCUGCGUGUCCUUCUUGCAGAAGCGGCUUUGCCUCAGCAACUGCUUGGCUAUCUUCAGGCUGGGUUUGAUGCUGGAUUGUGCCCGGCUGGCUGUGGCAGCUCGGGAUUUCAUCUGCGAUCGCUUUGCGCUGGUCUCCCGCGAUGAGGAGUUCUACCAGCUCUCACCCGACGAGCUCAUUGCCAUCAUCUCCAGUGACUCCCUCAACAUCGAGAAAGAGGAGACUGUCUUCGAAGUGGUGAUGAAGUGGGUGGGGACCAAGGACCGAGAGAGCCGGCAGAAGGCCCUGCCUGUCAUCUUUGAAAGCAUCCGCUUCCGCCUCAUGUCCAAGGACUACAUCAAGGACCACGUGGAGAAGCAUGCCGUGGUGAAGUCCAGCCCAGAACUGCUCAAGAAACUGCAGAUGGUGAAGGAUGCCCAGCAAGGCAAAUUCACUGUGGUGAAGAAGAAGAAAGUGAAGAAAAGCAGUGAAAAGCAGGCAAAAGAUAAUGUUGUCAAUGGAGCAGUAGAGGAGGAGGAAGAUGCAGAGGAGGAUGCCCUUCCAGGGAUCCUAAACGACACGAUGCGCUUUGGCAUGUUCCUCCAGGACCUCAUUUUCAUGGUCAGUGACAGUGGAGCAGUGGCCUAUGACCCCACUGCCAAUGAGUGCUAUUUUGCCUCCCUGUCUGCUCAAAUCCCCAAGAACCACGUCAGUCUGGUGACCAAAGAGAAUCAGAUCUUCAUUGUCGGAGGACUGUACUACAACGAGGACAGCAAAGAGGAUCCCAUGAGCUCCUACUUCCUGCAGUACGACCAUCUGGACGCAGACUGGCUGGGCAUGCCCCCCCUGCCCUCCCCUCGCUGCCUCUUUGGCCUGGGAGAGGCAGAAAACUCCAUUUUUGUGGUCGGAGGGAAAGAACUGAAGGAGGGAGAGAAGACCUUGGAUUCGGUCCUGUGCUACGACCGGCUGUCCUUCAAGUGGGGUGAAGCCGAUUCCCUCCCCUACGCGGUUUAUGGCCACGCGGUGGUGUCGCACAAGGACCUCGUCUACAUCAUUGGCGGCAAAGGAAGUGACAAGAAGUGCCUGAAGAAGAUGUGUGUCUACAACCCCAACAAGUUCGAGUGGAAGGAGCUGGCUCCCAUGAAAACUGCCCGCUCGCUGUUUGGAGCCACGGUGCACAAAGACAAAAUCUACGUGGCGGCUGGUGUGACCGACUCUGGCUUGACCAACUCGGUGGAAGUGUACGACAUUGCCACCAACAAGUGGGACACCUUCACCGAGUUCCCACAGGAGCGCAGCUCCGUCAGCCUGGUGAGCCUGGCUGGGGUGCUCUACCUGCUCGGGGGCUUCGCCACGGUGGAGACUGAGUCGGGAGAGCUGGUGCCAACGGAGCUGAACGAUGUUUGGAGAUAUGAUGAAGAGCAGAAGAAGUGGGAAGGGGUCCUCCGGGAGAUCCAGUACGCCUCUGGUGCCACCUUCCUUCCCGUGCGCCUCAACGUUUUGCGGCUAACGAAGAUGUAG